CGUGUCCUCCAUCAACAUUCCUUACAAUCAUCUUUUUUUUCAUUAUUGGAGAGUCCGCCGUGCGUGUGUAAGCGCAGUAGGCGGACCUCUGUCCUCUUUACGUCCCACUUUGGAGGAGAUUACAGCCGCCAUAGAGUAAAACGCGGGGACCACAUGCCAUAAACGCACUAGAAGUCGGACGGGCAGGACCACACGCAACUGGCUCUCGUGAGGACAUAUUCCACAGCUGAAGGACACUUAAUCAGAUCCAAUAUUGGAAAAUAAGAAGUUUAUUCUCCCAGCUACAACUGAAUCCUUUGCAUCGACAUUGAGGUAGCAGAGAAGACAUGAGUGAAAACAAACUUGUCGAGACUGCGGAAAGUGCCCAUGCUGUGAUGAAUGCUAUUCCUAAUGGCAAAGGUCAUGAGGCAGAAGAUGAGAUCACUGCUCCGGCCAAAACAUCACCUGUGGAAGAUGAACCAAAUCCCAACAGAACCGAGAACACGGAGGCCAACCUUCCAGAGGGUCAGGCAUUCUCAUCAGGUGCAGACGACAAGACUACAACAAGAUUUACAGAUUUUGAGGGAAAUACUUCGUUUGGGAUGUCCGUCUUCAACUUGGGCAACGCAAUCAUGGGAAGUGGAAUCCUCGGAUUGGCGUACGCCAUGGCCAAUACAGGGGUUGUUUUAUUUUUGGUCCUCCUUACAGUGGUGGCAGCUCUUUCAUCUUAUUCCAUUCAUUUACUGCUUAAAUCUUCUGGUAUCGUAGGUAUCCGGGCUUAUGAGCAGCUUGGCUACAGAGCAUUUGGCACUCCUGGGAAGAUGGCGGCAGGUAUCGCCAUCACGCUGCAGAACAUCGGAGCCAUGUCCAGUUACAUGUAUAUUGUCAAGUAUGAGUUCCCCCUGGUCAUUCAGGCCUUCCUCAUGGUGGACAAGCCUGCAGGUGAAUGGUACAUGAACGGCAACUACCUUGUGGUCAUCGUAUCUAUCGCUGUCAUCUUGCCGCUGGCGCUCAUGAAGCAGCUGGGGUACCUGGGGUACACCAGUGGCUUCUCCCUGAGCUGCAUGGUGUUCUUCCUCAUCUCGGUCAUAUACAAGAAGUUCAAUGUCCCUUGUCCAUUUGUGGAUUUUGCCCUCAACGGCACUGCCGGUGGACUGAACAUCACGCUUCCCGGCGGGGCAGAAGACCCCGCCUGUAUUCCCAAAAUGGCUAACCUCAACUCGCAAACUGCCUAUACCAUCCCCAUCCUGGCCUUUGCCUUUGUGUGCCACCCUGAGGUCCUGCCCAUCUACACAGAGUUACGCAACCCCACAAAGAAAAAGAUGCAGCAUGUGGCCAAUAUCUCCAUUGCAGUCAUGUACAUCAUGUAUUUCCUGGCUGCUCUUUUUGGAUACCUAACCUUCUAUGGUGAAGUGGAGGCAGAGCUUCUUCACACUUACAGUCGCAUUGACCCCUACGACACACUGAUUCUGUGUGUGCGUGUCGCCGUGCUCACUGCUGUCACACUCACAGUGCCCAUUGUGCUCUUUCCUGUUCGGCGGGCCAUCCAGCAUAUGAUGUUUCCCAACAAGACCUUCAACUGGCCGCGACACGUCGCCAUUGCAUUCACUCUGCUCGCGUUUAUCAACCUGCUUGUCAUCUUUGCCCCCAACAUUUUGGGCAUCUUUGGGAUCAUAGGUGCCACGUCUGCACCUUGUCUCAUCUUCAUUUUCCCAGCUGUCUUCUACAUUCGUAUCGUACCCAAAGAGGAGGAGCCGCUUUGCUCGCCCCAGAAAAUUAUUGCUGUCUGCUUUGCUGGGAUCGGCUUCCUGUUCAUGAUCAUGAGUCUCAGCUUUAUCAUUAUUGACUGGACUUCAGGCACCAGCAAAGCCAGCAGUGGCCACUAAACACCUCCAUAUUUGAUCUUAGUCUUCAACUUAUUUGUAACAAUUUAGUUGUCGUCGUUGAUAGUUUGACUUUGGCUCAUAUUCUAUCUUGCGCGGACAAGAAUCCCAAAGUUUCGGAAGACACUCUGCAAGUCCCUGCACAAGCAUCUCCGUACUCUUAGCACACCCUUGGCAGAAUGUUCCAGGUGAAUAAAAAUGUGGAAGUGAAACUAAAACAUAGGAAGCUGCUCUCUUGACACGCCCGUCUGACACGCAUAUCCUUUAAUGAGCACAAGCAAAUAUUAAUGUUUUUUCCCCAUCAUCUAUGCGGCGUCCACUAGAGAAUUUGGCCUGUGUAAAAAGCACACCUUUCACCUGGUGACACAAAAACAAGCUGGAGAGAGCAAUGUUGUUGGCAUUUUAGCAAACAACAGAAGAGGAGUUAUGCUAAUUUGAAAAUAAUAGGAGUCAUCAGCAACAAAGAAAUUAAAAGUAUUUUUUUAUUUCACUGAUAUCGAAACAAUGGCAAUUGUAAUUGUUUUUGUUUAAAACGGGUCUGAAAAAAGAGGUUGUCCUACUGUGCAUUCAGGAUUGUCUUAUAUUCGGGUCAAUACGGUCUUAGAUUAAAUAAACCUUUAAAGUUUGUUUUUUUAUUUUUUGCUUGUACUGAAGACCUCAAGAAAAUUACCUCUGUGUUCCUCCUGUUUGAAUUGUUUUGUGUGCGUUAUUUUUGACAUGUAUCACAGAUGACCAAGAAAACAGGGUCCAUUGCAGCGUUUUUUCCUCAUUUUCCCAACAACAUCAGUGUUGUGUCAUUACUACAGUGGCCUACAAUGGCAAACACAUAGCAUCGUCCAAGUGCUCCAAACACAGAAAUGAUUCACAACAAACACAUAAACACCCUGAAACAAAUGACACAGGAACAUGAUGCAAUGGCAUAAACACACACAAACCUUCCCAAAAAAAAAAAAAAUAGCAUGAGAGAAAUGCUACAAGUUCACGGAAAAGCUAGUAAGAAAACCGUCUUGACCAGAGAAGAACGUUGUCGGAAUGAAAAGUAUUUUUUUCUGAUAUCUUUGUUUUACACUUGCCUUAGACAUCAGGCUGUCAUAGAGUUGUCCCUCACCACAUUUUUUUAAAUAAAUAUUUUGCGUAUUUUUGUAUUUAAUUUAGCUUUUUUUAAGUAUAAAAAUUAUAAAAGAACUAAAAUAUCAUGAUGUUCAGUUUUGCGGCCACUGAUUGGCUAAGCCUCUGCCAGCGCACAUCACAGUUACGGCUGCCCUCAAACUGCUGCUUGUAACAUCAGUGAAUAUAUAUUAAUAUUCAUGUAAAAUCACCUUCAGAUAUUGUUGUAUAUUUGCCUAUGCAUUUGAUUAUUAUCAUUGUUUAGUUUUUUUUGUUUACAUACAAAUGGAUGGAUAACUUUCUUAAAAAUGAACACAUUUAGUUUGGGGUUAGUAUUUAAGAAUUAUUAAGUACUUAAUUGGCGCACAUUAUUUCCAGGCCACAUACAUUAUUGUGGCCUUGAGUUUGACACUUGCACUAUAUUGAAUGAAAAGACUGUAAAAGUGACUAUGUGGGGGUAAUUUCAUGUCAAGAGGGCUCGCAUAAUAUUAGACAUGUAUUUGGAAGAUGGUAAAACUAUUUUUAAGCUCUAGCUAUGGAAAUAAUAGGUUUAUAAUGAAUCAUUUCUACUUUGCGGAAAUUCGCUUACCACGUUUAGACCAGAAAUCUAUUGACAGCAGCUGUGAAAUAUUAAGACUUUCGUUUUGUUUAUAGCAUUUCUCCCAUGCAGAGGGAGAGAGAUUUUUUGGGGGGAAUUUGCAACAAUUUUUGGCUCGGAUCCUGCAGAAUUUGUUUAUGUUUGUGUGUGUUUGUUUUUUUUACUGCUACCGUACUAGACUCAUUUCUGCAUUCAAGCAAUAGAACGGACAUGCAAUCUGUAAUUUAAGCGUACUUUUUUUUGACCAAGCACAACAUCUUGUAGCCGUCUUUAACACUAAAGACAGGCGACUUUUUAUAUCGAACAUCUUUGAUUGAUGUUUCCCUUUUGUAUGAGAAGAAUAUCUAAAUAUGUAUGUAGUCUAAAGCAAGCGUCCUCUGCAGUCGACAUUUGUUUUUGUUUUUUGCAUUACAGGGUUAUUUUCUUCUUGAAUGCUGACGAAAGAAAUGGACCCCACACAUAUGUUCACUGAAGUGGACACUGGCUCUCAUGAUGAUGUAUAUACUGUAUAAAUAACUAUUGUAAUGUCAAUUCCACGAAAGUAGCAACAUGUAACUGUAAGUGUCAGAUGAAAUAUUACUUGAAUUAACAAAGUGUCCCUGCAGUGAUUUGUUAGAUGUAGUGAAAGCGAUUUGAAUAAUUCUGUCAGGGUUACAACAUGUUUUAUUAAUAUUUAUGUAAAUUGAGUUAUGUCUCGUGGUUCUAUGAAGUACAGUUUGUUUUUAUCUCAUCAGUGAAAACUUGCUUCUCAAAAACAUUAAUGGUCUUGCCUACCUGGUCACCAUUGUUUUGUGUUGACACUCUUCUCAUAUUUGUAUUCAUGUAUUCAUAUGCAUAAUGAUAAUGAGCUCGCUAUUUUUUGAUUGAUUGUAGACAUUGUAGCUGUGAACAAGGACAAAUUACAUCCCUUCAAAUAUUAAAAUUUUCCAUACAGACUAUAUUUUACUACAGAAAAUAAGUACUAAUAUUGUGUGUUGAUCUAUUAUGAUCUUUAUGAAUCCUUGCAGUAUGUCGCUUCUCAGUGAGCCUGUGUGUGAUUUAUGGAUAGAAUACUAUAUCAUAUUGGCCAGCGUAUAUAAAUAACUAAUACAUGUAUACCAAUUAUUAUAUUCUAUAUUUAUUAAUUCUCGUUUGUAUAAUGUAAACAGCAGUACCUUUACUGUACAUUUACAGUUGUAGUUUUUUAGUUUUAGUCCUAUUAAAUAAAUAUGUUUAAAAAUGUUUUAAGUGCUUUUAAACCUUUGUGUCCUUCAAUUGGUGUCUAUUUUUCUCAUGUCUAUAUUUUAAUAUGUUGCUGGGAGUAUUGUACUGUAACAACGUUACAAUAAAAUUAAUGGAGUCUUUCAA